AUGAUUUAAAUCGACCGCGUUUCGACCCGGUUUAACCAACAGCGACAUCGGUUUGUUUACAUGUUCUCCACGUGGUGUCUGACGGGGAAUAAGAUAUAAGGCCAGACACCAUCAUGAAAGCUCCGAAAAAUGGCGUAACAGCUGUAGCAAUGUACCGAGGACCAAUAACCAAAGAUGGAGGAAAAGUCAAGAAGAACGCUAAAAAGAAGGGCAGCCCCCUGGACAAUACAGCGACCAGUAACGGCAAGGCAAAUGGUGUAAAAGGGAAGGGAAGCAAGAAUAUGCCACGAUGGAAGAUGGUGUCCAGGGAGGCCAUUACGUUGGGCCAGAAGGUUUCGUAUAAGAAGAACCAAAAGAAGAAUAAAGGAAAGCAAGUUGUGAAAGAGAAUGUAAACGAGAAGACCAUCAAAGAGAAUAAGCAGAGCAAGCAGAUCAAGACAGAGAGCGGGCUGAUAAGCGAAAAUAAGAUGGAAGAGAAGAAGGUGAAUGAUAAUAAGAAAAAGAAGAAAGCAAGGAAAAGCAAGGGAAAGAAAAAGAAUGCAGCUAAGCAGGAGAAUGGAGAGGAGAACGGUGUGCUGGUCAUGGAGGAGGUAGCAGAAGAGUCGGACGGGAAUGAAAUGGACGUUGAAACACUGUCAGGGGAGGAUAUCGAAGCUAGGAACACAGGGGACAGCCGAGAGGAGGGACAGCAAUCCUUCCAGUGGAUAAUUCACCCGUAUUCAGAGGAAGACUUCUUUAGCAAGUACUGGGAACAAGGACCCCUGCACAUUAAACGCAACAGUGGGUACUAUGAGGGACUCUUUACUACGGCAGAUUUAGACCGGAUCCUUCAUAAUAAUGUUGUGCAGUAUACCAAGAACUUAGACAUCACAUCGUACAGCAAUGGCAAGCGGGAGACACACAACCCCAUAGGCCAAGCUCAUGCACCUGUGGUGUGGGACUACUACAACAACGGCUGCAGUGUACGCAUGCUCAAUCCACAAACCUUCCAUGCUCGUGUUUGGAAGCUACUCGCAACCCUCCAGGAGUACUUCAACUCAUUCUGCGGUGCCAACGUAUAUUUAACUCCACCUGAUACCCAGGGCUUCGCACCUCACUGGGAUGAUAUUGAAGCCUUUAUCCUCCAGCUGGAAGGGAAGAAGAGAUGGCGUGUAUACAAGCCCAGAGUUGAAGAGGAGGUGCUCCCCGUAGACUCAAGCGGCAACCUGGACGAAAACGAGAUCGGCGAGCCCAUUCUAGAUGUGACGCUGGAGGAGGGCGACCUGCUCUAUUUCCCCCGGGGCUUCAUCCACCAAGGACAUGCGGUCGAGGGGAACCACUCCCUGCACAUCACAGUGUCCACCUAUCAGAAGAACACUUGGGGACAUUUUCUGCAGAAGAUGCUUCCGCAAGCAGUGAGUGUAGCAAUGGCGGAAGAUGUAGAGUUCCGGAAAGGCUUGCCUCGUAACUAUCUGAACUGCAUGGGUAUUGCCAACAUGGAUCACAAUAUUGAAGGUCGCGAGGCUUUUAUUAAGAAGGUUGGGGAAAUGGUGGGGCGCAUGCUGGAAAUAGCCCCCUUAGACGCUGCAGUCGACCAAAUGGGAACUGGGUUUAUGCAUGAUUGUUUACCUCCAUUCCUUACAAUUGCGGAUAAAUCAUGCAGUGUGUAUGGAGGUGGCGAAAAAUGGUCCCCAUCUAAAAAAAGGGUUGUGAAUCGUGUAGAGCUGGGUCCUGACACUCCUGUGAGAUUGAUUCGAGGAAAUUGUUUACGUGUUGUUGUAGAAGCAGACAAUGUACGGUUGUACCACACACUUGAAAAUAGCCGUGAAUACCAUGCAGAGGAGCCACAAUACCUUGAAAUAGUGCCAGAGAGUGCGCCAGUGGUGGAAGCACUAAUUCAUGCCUAUCCCCAAUAUAUUACCAUUGAAAACUUGCCACUUGAAGAAGAAACUGAGAAGAUGGCUGUUGUAAGUGGCCUGUGGGAAAGAGGUCUUCUUGUAACAGCUCAACCCCUAGACGCCUCGUACGACGACUAACUUGGAAGUGGAGCGGAUAAAGUACUGGAAAGUUAUAUGCCAUUUGUGGAACAUGAUGGCGACAAUAAUGAAUAGUUGAUGGAACUGAAGAUUCUCAAUCUUUUAUUUCCCUUUUAUAUAUAUAUAAAAAAUUGAAAGUUAUUUUCUUUUGUCUAUGUUUUCUUUGUUAUACUUCUGUUUGUAUAUUCUGUUUUUAAGAAUAUAUAUCUGUAAACCAGGAUUUUUUUUCUAAGUAGGUUUUUAUAAUGUUUAAAGGAAAAUUUGGAAUAAACAGACUGAUGCAUUACAAGAAAGUUUCUAGUAAUGCAAAUCUAAAUAAUAAUAACAAUAAUAAUAAUAAAAUAAAGGAAAAUUAUUAAGAAUGAGCAAUUAUAAAGCAUUUUCAUAAGUGCAAGCAUUUUUUGACAAAAACCCUUUGCAUACCCGUACCUUGUGUAUUUUUUAUACAGAAAUGUGCUUUACGUUCAAUUACAAAAAAUCCUUUUAUAUGAAAAUCGGUGGAAAGUAGUAAUUUCCUUUUAUAACCAAGUGCUGUUGUGAAUAUUGGUAAACCCAUUAUUAAAAUAACUAAGCAUGACAUGAAAUUAUUUAUUUUAUUUUUUUGUUAUCCAGGAAAUAAUAAGAUUAUUAUGUUAGUUUUCUGGCUAUUGUCUUCAACAUAUAUAUAUAUGUUACUGUUUUUAUGUUGUAUGCUUAUUUUCCUUUUAAGGAAAGUUAACAUAGAAAAGAUAAAAGUACCAUUGUGUAGGAAUGUUUAUUUGAAGGUGUAAAAAAGAUGGUACAUGAAGAAAAUACUGUGGUAUUACAGUGAGAUAAUCAUUCAUUUCUUGUAGCAUCUUGAGAAAUACUGAAUCAAUAUCUUAGAUUCACUGCAAAAAAAAUCAAUGUUACUUACUGCAGUUUGAAUUACAGAAUUAAAUAUAUCAUUUGUACAUUUUAUUCACUGGGAUUACAAAAACUGAAUAAAAAUCAGACAAAUUA